UGGAGCGAAGGAGAGGAGAAAGCGACAGGGACGCGGUGGACAUGUAGAACAACGGAAACAACAGCUCUAACGCUCCAUGCCCACCUCACGUCGUGGUUUUUUUGUGCUUAUUUAUACUCUGUGGAGUUUUCCUUUUGUUCACGGUGGUUUCGUCGCUUUACGGUCCGGAACUGUAUCCCUGGCAACGCGACCAACAGUCCUUCAAAGUUUGGAUCAAGUGUUUUUGCCUCCGACGGAAAACAGACUGGAUAUUAAACCGCUAGACCAACGCAACUUACUCUGGGGGCAUGCUACCGUGUGUUGAAGUUCUCCAAACGGCCCCCGUUCACAACUAACUUGCUUUUAAUUCGAAACUUUUGUUUAGGGAAACGGGAAAGCGCGAGACAAUAGUGGCGAGGGAGAGAGGGAGCUCGUGCACGGGAAGAGGAGGGUAGGGGGAGUCGGUGCCUCGCGGGGGCUUUGUUCUGCCCCGGGGAGAGAGGUGGCGGAUAUCGACCGACCGAGCGGUGGAUUUAAUGAUUAGCUGGUGAUUAAAAAGUGGAGUCGGAAGCCGUGGGAACAACCAUGGACGUGACUUUGUCCGAGUUGCUGGCCACUUUCAUGGAGUCACCGCUGGUGGUGUGGGUGCGGCUGUUGGGGCCUCUGGGUUCAUGUGAUGAUGUGGGCUCAGAGGAGCGAGUCAGCAUGUUCAUGGAGCUGGUUGAUGGGGUUUUCCUGCACAAGAUCAUGACACACAUUGACCCUAGCCCCAGUAACCAGAGAUUGACCAAGAAUGUGAACAAUGACAUGUCGCUUCGCCUUUACAACCUGACUGUUCUCACCAGGCACAUCAGGACUUUCUACCAGGAGAACUUACAGCAGUUAAUAGUCAUGCCCCUUCCUAACAUCCUCUGCAUCGCUAAGGAUCCAAUAUCAGCCAAGAGCAUGGAAGAACUGAAAAGAAUGUUGUUGCUGAUACUAGGCUGUGCUGUUCAGUGUGAGCGUAAGGAGGAGAUGAUAGAGAAGAUCAAACUCCUGAACAUCGAGACCCAGGCCGCCAUUGUCUCUCACAUCCAGGAGGUUACCCAUAACCAACUGAAUGUACUCGACCUCUCCUGGCUGGAGGAAGGAGCAGAGCUUGUGCGUGAAGAGCUGGAGCCUCUGUCCCGCAACAUGGCUACAUCACUACAGCAACUGAUUGACCAGAGAGACAAAGCCAGUGAGGUGAUUUUGGAUUUAACCCAGGAAAGGGAUUACCUGUUCAGUCAGCAGCCCCAGGAAGGGUGCAGAAACCUGGGCAUGAGCAGCCAACAGCGAGAGCAGAGCGCUGGAGGUGUGGGAGUAAAUGUUGGAGGAUCAGCUCUUACUCUGACCAAAGAAGAGAGACAGCAUCUCUCUGUGGAGCUUGCAGAUACCAAGGCAAAGCUCCGCAAAUACAGACAAGAACUCGAGGAAAAAACCGAGCAGCUGAUGGAUUCAAAGCAUGAAGGGGAGCGUCUGGAUCAGGAGUUACAGAAACUAAAACAAGAGAAUCAGUUGCUAUCUUGUGAGGCUCGCUCAGCCCGAGUGUACCGGGACGAAGUGGACUCUCUGAGGGAGAAAGCUUCCAGGGUGGACAGGCUGGAGACUGAACUGACCAGAUGUAAAGAAAAGCUCAAUGAUGUUCACUUCUACAAGACCAGAGUAGAGGAGCUUCGUGAGGACAACUUUACUCUGAUGGAGACAAAGAUGUUGCUGGAAGAGCAGCUGACAGCCUCUAGGGGGCGCUUUGAAAAACUUCAUACUCUUGAGAAAGACAACCUUUUACUACGAUCUAAGAUACACGAUCUGGAAAUGGAGAGGGACAAUGAACGUCAGAGGCUGGAAGAACUUGUGGAGGAGAACAUGCUGCUGGAGAUUGGACAGAAACAGAGUAUGAACGAGUCAGCUCAUCUCGGCUGGGAGCUGGAGCAGCUGAGCAAAAACAAUGACAACACUAAGACAGAGACUCGUAAGUCACUGGUCCAUGAGCUUAACGAGUGUGUUUCCAGUCGAGUGUUGAAGCUUGAGAAGGAAAACCGGGAGCUCCAGUCCUCUAUAGAAAGACUGAAGGAAGACAGUCACCUCCUGCAGGAGCAGCAGCUCUACACCCAGGAGCUGGACAGGGAGAACCAGAGUUUCAGCAAGAAGCUGGAGCGUAUGCAGGGCUUAUUGGACCAGGAGAGACUGACUAAUCAGGACAUGGAAUCUCUGGGGGAGGAAAUUUUGAAGGAAAAGCAGAGUCUGGAGAGAGAUAUGCAUGUUCUGAGGGCAGAGAAGGAUCAGCUGAUCUCAGAGUUGGAGAGUGAGAAGCAUCACCUGUCUGAUGCGGUGGUGUCCCUUCAGGAGCGUGCGCAGUCCAACAGUGAGGCAAGAGUCCGUGAGGUGGAAACAGAGAACCGUUUACUGCACCAGAGCAUCACCGAUACCAGCUCCCGUUUGGCCAUCUUGGAAACUCAACUCAAAGUAUCACAUGAGGAAGCAGAGCGGCUGAGGGAGAAGGCAGGACGGUGCGAGGAGGCGGAGAGAGAGGCAAUAAGGCUGGAGCGGAGCAGGGACACUGUGAACAGAGAAGUGGUGUCUCUGCGUGCAUGCAGCGAGCGGUCAGAGGCGCUUGAGAAACAGGUGUCCUCAUUUGAACAGGAGGUGCACCGACUGAAGAGGGAGACAGAUGAAGCCCAGCAACAACUGCAGCACCUGAAAAGGCACGAGGUAGAGAACAGCCUGCUGUCAAAAGAGAACCUUGACCUCCGCUGCUCAAUGGAAAACCUGCGCUCCUCAUCCGCUCGUCUAGUUACCCUGCAGGAGGAGCAUACAGAAAUCCAGAGAGAGACACAGGUGCUGAAUAGGAGGCUUGAAGAGGUCAGAGAGGAGGCACAAACAGAGAGGAAGAGGGCAGAAAGGCUGGAGGUGAACAUGGCAACUCUGAAUAUGGAGAAGCAUCGAUUAGAAGAGGAACUAGAGAGGAGUAAAGAUGAUAGGGAGGAGGUAGAGAGGAAGCGACAGGAGACACAGAGCAGAAUGGAGGAAUGGAGAAGGGAAGUAGAGGACCUGAGAGAGGAGCGUAAAAGGAGGGAGGAGGGAGACAAGGAGAGGAGGAAGCUACAACUGGACCUGGAGCAGUCAGAGGAAGGCAGAAAGCAACUGGAGAAGGAGAGCUUGAAGAUCAGAACUCUGCUGGAGGGAAAAGAGACAGAACUUGAGGAGAGGGUAAGACUAUUGGCUACAAUUGAAAAGGAAGGCGGAGCGCUGAGUAAGGAAGUGGACAGGCUGAAGGAGGUGGCAGUCAAAGCCAAAGAGCUGGAGCGGGAGAACAAGGAUCUACACAAACAGGCGACUAUUGACAAGAGAACUCUGGCUACACUGAGAGAGGAGCUGGUGUCAGAGAAGUUGAGUGUUCAGCAGCAGAGUGUUGAGUUAGAAAGACUCAAUGAAGAACUGGAGAAGAUUGGACUGAACAGAGAAAAACUACUGCAGCAGGAGCACACCCUGGAAGACAGCAGGUACAGGCUGCUGGAGUCUCGGCUGGAGGAAACUGUCCAACAGACAAUGAAGAUUAAGGAAGAGAAAAUAUUCACUCUGGAAAAGAAGCUACAUGAGAGCCACACACUCAACGCUACGUUACGUGCUGAACGAGCUAAUGGUCACACGACAGUGUCUGACCUGAGUCAUAAACAGAAGGAGGAAGAAAACCACAUCUCCCAGCAGCGAUUCGGUUUUGACCAGGGUCAAAGGUCAGCCACUGCUGAGCUUCUACGAAUCAAAGAUCAUCUUAUUGAUGUGGAAAAGAAAAAUGCCUCCUUUCAAACAGAGACCAGUCUGUUGAAGGAGCAGCUUAAACAGCUGGAGAACCAGAACAAUUCUCUUAACAACCAGAUGGUGGCGCUGCAGCGACAUACCACCACACUGCAGGAACAGAACUCAUCCCUACACACACAGACUGCAAAGCUGCAGGUGGAGAACUCUACACUCUCUUCCCAGAGUGCAUCUCUCAUGGCCCAGAAUGCUGUGCUGCAAGGCCAAGUCACUGCCUUGGAGACAGAAGUAGAGUCGUGGCAGCGACAGCGUGAGGAGGCAUGGCGGGCUCGGGAAAGUGUGCUCAGUGACCACGAACGCCUUCUGAGCGUCCAUGAGAGGCAAGCGCACGAGUAUGAGCAGCUUAUCAGUCAGCACGCUGCACUGAAAUACAAACAGAGGGCGCUAGAGAGUGAACAAAGGACUCUGCACAGCAAGCAUUGCGUUUUGCUGCAGCAGAAGGAGAAGUGGGAUGAACAGGCAGGGCAUGGCCAGAAAGAGAAGGAAGAACUUAACCAAGAGAUCCAGAAGAAUCGGCUACUGCAGCAAGAGAAUCUGCAGCUAAAAACAGAAGUGGACAGAUUGACAGAAAGCCAAUCACAGUACUCAGAGAAGAGUGAAGGACUUCAGCAGAGAAUGAACGAACUUAAGAGGUCAUUAAGCUCUGCCAAGCUGGAAGAGAGUCAAUGGAAGGCACAAUACGAUUCACUGAUGGAACAACACCAGGGCCUGGAUCUUACCAUGACCAAACUAGACAACCACUGUGAGCUGCUGAGUCGACUGAAAGGGAACCUGGAAGAGGAGAACCACCACCUCUUGAGUCAGAUCAACCUGCUGAGUCAGCAGAACCACACCCUGCUUGAGAGGAGCAUGGAGAGCAAAGAGCUGUAUCACCAGGAGCAGAAACUAUACAUUGACAAGUUGAACACUCUUCGUCGGCAAAAGGAGAAACUAGAAGAAAAGAUCAUGGACCAAUACAAGUUCUACGACCCAACACCUAAAAAGAGGAGUCAGUGGUCUGGAGCCAAAGCUUUAGUCAACCUGAUCAAACCCCGGAAGGACAGCAGCAAGGAUAGAGGGGGCGACCGGGACAAGGAAGGGGUCAAGGAGAAAGACCGAGCAAAGAGUGCCCCAGACAUCCCGCUACCUGCCCCACCCCCACUCCUCCCCCCUGAGACGCCGCCCCCUCUUCCCCAUCGGUCGGGAAGUGACUCACAAGAGGUGGGCCACGCUCACAGUAGUCUAAACAACCACAUCAGCAGCCCCGGCCUUGGGUCCCAGAGUCCAGCGCCACUGACACCCAUCAGAGGUUUGACUGACAGAAGCCACAGAGUUUUCAGGAGCAGUACACCAGGAGGCAGCAGUGAGAGCUUCAAUGGAGAAGAUGGAAACGGACAAGGUCAGACAUAUAAAACUCUGAGCUCCACUCCGAGCCACCACUUGUCCUCACUGGGCCUAAGCAACAAUUCCAGCUCCAGAAUUGGACCAGGCCCUAGCCGCAGACCCAGAGGUCUGUUACUUAAUGAAGACUCUUGCCACAAUACAUCUGACUCUGUGUUUGGUCACCAUGGCAACAUUGGAGGUCGCCCAGGAUCCGGCGACUUUAGCCACAACACCUCCAGCUCCAACUCACCUGUGAAUUGCAGAGACUCACUGGAUUGUCCGGGGCGCUCAGCCAGCCUCUCAAGUGACGAUGUCAUGGGUCUCAGCCGAUCACAGCAGACUCUGUCGCGUAGCUCGACCCUCCCAUACGACCACUCGCCCCAGAGGGCCCAACCUCAACGUGGAGGCGGAGUUAGAACCAAGAUAAGGUCAUCAUCACCUGGAAGUGAGAUGGUGUCGCUGGAGGAGUUUUUACACGAGAGCAACUUGAAGUCACCUCCUAUGGUCUCUACAGGAAGCAAGGAAGACUUGAUGACUGACUAUUUCACCAGAAGUCCUGCCGCCUCAGUUCCCACUAUCAGAGAUCAGGUGGCUCCCACCAGCUUUGUCUUGCCCACUGUACAAACAUCCAACCAAAGACCUGGCCAGAGCGUGAAGCCUUCCCCUCGCCAACCAGUGGGCCAGUCUCCAUCCUCAUGCCCGCCCCUCGGCCAGAGAACCAGCCAAUCAUUGAGCCGUGCCUUCAGCUUGGCCUCAGCUGAUUUGCUGCGUUCUAGUGGACCAGACAGUUUCCGCGGAAAUGAGACCUCUCCUGGCCAAUCAGAUGUGGUAGUUCGACGGCAAGGAGGAGGAGUAAACGGGAGAGAACGGCCACUCUCUGCCCGUCUGGCUGGUCCAACCAAACAAAUUGGAGAUGGCAGCUUCCUAAACCAACCCAUUCACCACUCAUCCUCUCUGAAUCUGCAGACGGAAAGAUACAAAGAGCGAGAAAGAGAGAGAGGGAGGACUCCUGCAUCCCAGAAUGGCCCGUCCUCAUCCUCUUCCUUUCAUAGCCAUGGCGAGGUCGCCAUGGUUACUCCCACAAGGGCUGUGCCAGCAAAACCGCCUAAUGAGGCCUCUGAGGAAGGGGAGGUGUUAAGAGAGGGACAGUCGGAUGACUCCUCCCACUUAAAGAAAGAAAGUGAGACCGCGACAUGUAGCUCUGUUGAACGCCCAAAAAGCACACCAGCAUCCCCUGACCCCAACAACGACCCCCAAACAGUAUGGUAUGAGUAUGGUUGUGUCUAAAAACCUGGAACCAAAUACUCUUAACUUCAGUCUGCAUGAGCUAGAUGCUGGAGCUGUGUGAACUGAGUUCUUUGUCUUGUGGAUAAAUCUUGGAACUUUUAAGCCUGUGGUCAAACGUUGUUCCAACACAGCAACAGUCACAGGAAGUAUAUGGGCAUUUAAAAACUCAGCAUGAAGGACUAAAGUUUGUAUUUUCUGGUACAAACUUGUAUAUGAACCAAACCAGAUCCCAAACACCUGCUGCCAACAUGGCUGAUAAAAACAGUCAGUGGGGAAGCUUUCUUAAGCUAAGGAGCUGCCGGAUUUCAGCUAUUCACAAACAUCACGUCAUAGCCCAACUACUGGAUCUGUGGUGUCGGUUCUAAUAUCAUUAUCAUAAUCUAGAAGUGACUCUCAGCGGCAGAUGCAAUAUAUAGGGAUUAAGAUAUGAACUUCACACUAAAGUCUCUGACAAUGCUUGAAAUCAUGAAGCUUUGCUUGUUUGUUAUCAGCAUGUUGAGCUUGAUCCAGCAAACCACCUAUGUCCAUAUGAUGGACUUUUCUCUUGGGCAACAAAGCUGCCAAAGGAGCUGUUUUUUUUAAAUGGUGUUUCCAUUCUUGACUGUAUUUGAGGCAAAUUGUGGAUGUUUUGACCAGAUUGUGAUCCAGAUGUUAAUACUUUUUUAAAGCAUUCCAAUUUGAAUAUCUAUUGAAAUGGAGAUGCAAGCUGCAGUGUCUGAAGUCUGAGAAUACAUAACACUUACAGCCCAGUUGUGGACACGACACUAUGGGCAAUGGGCUUUGUCUAUGAGCUGGAACUCUGACUGCACAAUGGCUGGCCCUGCAAAUGUUUACCUGUCUGCCAGCGUUUCUGGAGAAUUGUUGACAAUGAAUUAGCCCUCACCAAGACUGAGUGAACUAAAGUUAAGAUGACCAGAAGCACGAGAGCAACUGAAUGUAUUAGAUUUACCCUCCCUUUUUCUCACCUCUUCUCUGUUACUGAAACACUGAAAGAGGAAUUACAGAAACCUGGGGGUUCUUGCAAAGGGAGAGGAUUCAAGUGGAAUAGAAAAGGGUGUAAAGAUAGAGAGAAAGUAGGUUAGAAUAAAUAGAGGGAUACUGCGAUGGACACAGAUGAAUUGACAGAUAAAGGGAUGGAUAGAGUGAUGGGAGGAUGAACAGAUAAACAAGACAGAGAUGGAGGGGCCCCACCCAUUUAAAUUAUAGUCUUUCUCCCUCCAUCUUUAGAUUCUGUCCCAGCAUGCAACACUGUGACACUUUACUGGAAAUGUUGCUCUGUCCAAGCCAACACUAGAUUCAAUAACACACACGCACACACACACACACACACACACACACACACACACAAUAUAUGUAAUGAUGAAGGCACAGACAUUGUCCUUCAGGGGGUUGGUUGUGGCUUUUCUAAUUGUUGAAGUGGACUUAAUUUACACUUGUGUGCAUACACAUGCAUUGACACACACACUCCGCUGAGUAACCCACAGUGUACUGAUGCAUGCUAAGUAAACCCACAGUUUUAGGCGCUGCACAACAGACAGUGAGGGCGAUGGAUUCUGAGCCUGGAACCACUGUGAUCUGGAUAUUUUUAGUUGUGCCUAUAAUUUAUUAACUGUGGCAAUAGUUUUUAUGAGAAUAAAUGAAUACACAGUGUUUAGCAGCUUAUUCUAUCUAUAUGUGCACAUAGAAUAGAAAGCUUUAUUGUCAUUGUACCCUGUACAAUGAGAUAAACACACUUAACUUUAGCACAUAUGCUAUGCUGUUAGUAAGCAUAGCUAAUGAGUAGGCAUUUGCCAUCUGCUUCCAUCUUCUAUCUGUGAUGCCCGCACCAACAUUAGGUGAUCAUUGUGUGUGUGACCAGCUAUAUGCAUUUGAUUGUUGUACUGCUAUAGUCUGAGUUUACUUGCUGCAAGCUGUGUAAGCAAGCAAUGACGCACCAUAUUCUAUUUAUUUGAGGCUCAAGUGAAAAACUGAGAUCAGAUGUAGUUUGUGUGUUUUAGCUCAGACAUUCCAGAUUCCCUUACAUUUGCAACACCAACAAAGGUGUUUUCUGAACACCUUUGUGUGCUAAAUUUAGCAGAUAAUUAAAACUCAACAUCCAUAAAUCACAAUCCAUUUCACAAUUAUCAUAUAAAUAAGAACAAAUAAGUAAGAAAUUCAGUUGUUCGACAGAAUGAUCAGAUGGAAAUGUCCAAAAACAAUACAACAAAAUAGUCCCUUAUGUGAAUUUUGACCACUUAAUGUAUCUAAUAUAACCUUAGAUAUUAAAGGGACAGCUCGUCAGUGUAAUAGCUGACAGAUAUAUAAUGGUUCACACUUUAUUUAUCGUCAUAUGGCACAAACCUUAGAAGUAAAUUUGAUAUGUUAUUAAGUCAGCCCAGCUAAUAUUCUUAGACUUCUCUCAACCACACCUGACCUAAACUGACAUGUUAAACAUCAUGUUUUACGCUCAGCGGCACAGUCUAACAAAUUAUUAAGUUCCCACAAAGACACCUUGAUAUGAAGUCACUUUUCCUUAGGUUUAAUACUUUUAUUCUUGACCGAAGGUCAAACAUGAGUCACAGGUCUCCUGCAAACACAGGUGAUUUUGUUUUCAGAGUUGUCAUCGCUGGUUGUUUACACAUAUGUGAUGUAUUCUGUGGUGAACAGAGUGAAGAGGAAGAUGAUGGAAAUUAAUAUGUGUUCCUUGGAAAACAAAUUUGAAAACUCACAAUAGUGACACUGAUCCACUGACGUUAUGUCUGUACUGCUUUAAAUACACAUCUGACCUUCCUGCAUUAGAAAUGAUUGACAACAAACAUUCCUGAAAGCAGCAGAGUGAGGAGGAGGAAGAUUGGAGUUGUGAAAAUGAAGUCCAUCACUAAACCUUAUGCUAACAUUCUGAACAAAAAGCAAAUGACAAUAUGCAACAAGCUAAAUUAUUUUACCUGUAACAUUUGUACAUGAUGUCAGAUUUUAUAAACAAGUAAAAUGACAGAAGACAUGGGAUACAUUUUGUAAAAUCUUCUGGAACUUAGCUUUGAAAAUGUUUGUUGAUACCAAAACAAAUUUGUGUAAACUGGUUAAACCCUGUGAUUCCACUAAAGCUUUGAUAGAUGUAGAUUUGUUUCAAUACUUCAGAAGUUUAUAAAGUAGUGAGAUGAUGUGACAUGAUGUGAAACACUGUAGGAUGAUCCUGUUGAUAGUUUACCUGUUUUCAGUUGGUGUGUGUUGUCUUUGUUCUGCCUGUACACUUCAUCACUGUUUCUUAAAGAUGUGUGUCUGUUUAUGUCAGUUUCAGUUUUCAAAUGUCGAAAUGGGAAAAAUAAUUAUUCACAGAAGCAAUUUUCUUAUUAUUGUAACACACCAUCGCACACACACUUUAUCCAAGUGUUUUUCAUAAUGCUACUGUUAUUGGCUUUCUGGGAGGUGUGCGUGUCUGGCCUGUUUAUAUCUUUCUGCUUUGCUGACUACCUGUUUUUUGACCAGUCCACCUGCCUUACUGUUCUAAACGGUGGCAUCCUCCUUGUAUGACACCUCUGUGAUCCCUCACUCUUGGUUUAUGUGUCUUAGCACCUUUGUGCACACUUAACUGAAAUAAAAGAAGAGCUGCUAGGCAGCGUCACAUGAGGGAAGUGAAAGCAGAAGGUGAAGUGGAACUGACGUCACAGACGCUCUAACUGGAAUAACUGCUACUGUAACUGAGGAGGCUGAUGUUAUUCAACUCAAAAGCAUUUUCUAAUAAAGAUCUCUAAUAUUGAACUGA